CCUAUGGAAAUGAUAUAGGAGUUAUCCAAGAUAAUACCGUAAUGAGUGGGAAGAGCGUGAAAAAUGGGAAACCAAAGCUUCGAAAGGGUGCUGUUGGAGGGCUUGACAUUCGUGAUCUGAUAAGAAAAGCUCAAGAUGAGAAACAUGAAAAAGAGGAUGCUAAGGUUGAAGUUGACAAUGAACCCAAUGAGAGUGAUCGUAUAAUUGCAGAAGAAGAGGAAGAAGAACAGAAAGUUUCAAUUUCUAAAAGUUUAUUGAAAGAUAGUCCGGUUGGUGAAUUAGAUCAAGAAGCUGAAGACUCUGAUGGCGUACCACUACCCAGAAAGAAAACUGAGUAUGAGAAGUAUUUGAAGUCUAAAGAACGUGAUAAACAAAUACGAAAAUAUAAUGAAGAAUGCAUCAAAGAAUAUCGAGAGGAAAGAGCUCAAAUGAGAGCUAGAGUACGGCAAAGGGAUCAUAGCCUUGACGAACAAGAAACAGUAUCAAUAGAAGCCUCACCAUCAAAGAAAGUGAGGUUCAAGUUUUAA